AUGCCGCAUGUCCAUGCGGCGCACCACUUAAAGUACGGUCAAGUCAAGACAGGCGGUUUUAUCCCGACCGAAGCUGAAUUUGACGAGGAGGAUUUGGCUGCAUGUGGGCCCCGAGGGAUUCGUGCCGCUGACUUACGCAGAGAAAUCCUGGAGGCAGAAGCAAGGAGGAUCCACGCGAACCGGCGUUACCUCUUCCGCAAACCUCGUGCAUCGCAGUACUUUCGUGGGACCACGCUCGUCAGGUCGAACGAAGAGCGCAGCUCUCUACGGCUGGAGCUCUUCUUCGAUCUCGUCUUUGUCGGUAUCGUUUCCGUCUUGGCUGAGGAGGUCAUAGGGCUUCCCACAGGUGCGUCCCUCAUCCGUUAUAUCAUUGCCUACAUCCUCGCUUGGUUCAUAUGGUCCCUUUACCGCGAGCUGAACGACUGCUACUGGACGGGUGACAUAUACCAAUCCGUCCUGACUCUGUUCACCAUGGCCAUGCUGGUUGUCUUUGGCAACAACGCGACAAACAUUCAAGAGCAGCUCUCCGACGGCCCAGCACGCGCGACGACAAUUGGUGCAUACCUCCUUGCUGAAUUUUCCAUAUACGGUACUCAGCUCUUCUACAGUAUGCAUAUCAAGCCCUACCGUGCGCAGAUCCGCGCACAUGUCUCGACCUGGCCGAUCGCCGUCGCGCUCUACAUUGGCUCCAUCUUCGCCUCUGUCAGACCUGCCAUUGCCAUGGUAGUCGUCGGUCUUGUCGUUGAAUACGGUGGCUGGGCGUUCUUCUACUCGCCGACGUUCAAGCGCAUCAUGAAGCUGCGCUACUCGUCUGCAGUAGCGAUUGAGCACGAAGUCGAGCGCAUGACGGACUUUUGCACUCUGGUGCUCGGUGAGACGGUCUACUCGAUUGUCUCGAAUCAUCCUGCUGGUGAGGGCGUGACGGAUGCUACAGGCCGCGCGAUUCUUGCGCUCUGCAUCGCCUUCUGCUUCCUGAUGUUUUACACGCUGCGCAGCGGCUCGAAAAGCGUCCUGCAUCCGUUGCGAAGGUCAGUGGUUACUGCCCAAGCCUGGUUCUUCCUCCACAUCCCAUUAGUCAGCGCCCUCACCCUGUUUGGAGACGCAUGUGGCGACUUUACAAAAGAGCAGCUGGUAGAGAGUGCGGUCAGGUGGAUCCUCUGCACGACGUAUGCGAUUGCGAUGCUUUGCGUCUGGCUAUUGGCCAUGAUUGAAGGGGACAACGACGCACGUGGAGACGUCUGGGUUCCAAAGCUUUGGAGACUGUUGCCACGCCUGCUAGUUGGCGUGAUUGCAGUAUUCCUACCCCUUUCGUACUACCACAUCGAAGAGGCCGGGUCCAGCGAGCCCGUCGGCGGUGAGCCUGCUGUUACUGGUGAACGCGAGCAUGCCUUGCGGCGCCUUUACGAAGGAGAGAUUGGCGCGGAGGGCCACCAAGCGAAGGUGUUCGCAGCGCUCAGCACGACAACCAUUCUCGGCAUCCUUGCCGCGUUCUCAAUGGCGACGCUGCUGUGGGAGUGGAUCAGUGCUCUCGAUGGUCCCAAUACACCAGCGGACGAAGCGCCAGAGCACAUGCGCGAAGGCGAUGCACACACGCCCAGCCAUGCACUUCGGACCCCGGCUUGGCGCGGGUUCCCCACGCUGUUCGAGCCUGGGUUUUCGCAUUUUGACCGCGGUCACCAGAGGGAACAGACGCAUGCGGACAGCAAGUUACCAGCAGUAACGCCUGGCGAGGACGAAGCGUGACUGUCGAGAUCCAUUGAUGCCACAUGAGACAAGUUUUUCUUUGCCGGGAGCCAAUAUACCAUUCGCCUCGGAUUUCGCUUUGCAUCAGCACACGUGGGUCGCAUCCAGUCCAUUCUACACGGUUUACUUGGGAUCGUGACUCCAGUUUAUUUGAGGUUUGCAAAUUCAGCAUUUGGACAGGGCAGGGCCGGCUGUGG